GCUAACCCUCGCCAGCCACCACCUCCACGAUCACCCCCUCCUCUCGCAACGCAGAGCCACAAAGCCCACUGUCUGCACCUCUCAGCCUCAGUGUGAAGAUGGUUGGCGGUUCGUGCGCUCGCAGGUUGGCUCGCCGCUCACGGUCUGCCUUGAUCGCAGCUCUUACUGUAUUACUGGUGCAGACACUCAUAGUAUGGAACUUCAGUAGCCUGGACUCGGGGGAAGAAAGGGAAAACGGCGGCUCCAACAUCAGAGACAAGAGAGACAGGAUCGGUGGCAACAAAGCCGGCAGCGAGUAUCUGAAAAGCGGGUUUCAAGAGCAACAUCUUCAGCCUCACCUCGGAAAGGGAACCGUUCGACAUAAACAACAACCGGAUGGCUACUACUCCCACCGGCCGAAGGAGAAAGUGCGGGUGGACAGCAACAACGAGAACUCGGUGCCCAAGGACUUCGAGAACAUCGACAACAGCAACUUCGGGGCGCGGUCCCGCCCCCAGCGCCGCACGCCGGGCCAGCCCAAGGAGCGGCCGCAGGAGAAGGGGCGGGGCCAGCUGGGGGCCGGCCUGAGCAAGGGCUCCAACGAGGUCAUCCAGUACGGCGAGGCCAAGGGGGCGGCCGCGCCCCCCCAGGCCCCGCCCCCCCGCAACCGCUCGCACGCGGGGGGGCCCGGCCCCGCCCACCGCUCCCAGCAGCCCCAGCAGCACCGCCACCACCACCAGCAGGGCAAGAGGCCGGCCACGCCCGCGCCCGACAUCGUGUACGACCAGCCGCCCAAGUGCGAGAUCAGCGGCAAGGAGGCCAUCUCCGCCCUCUCCCGCGCCAAGACCAAGGAGUGCCGCCAGCAGAUCGCCGAGGUCUACUGCCGCCACAAGGAGGGCCAGCUCAUGCCCGAGAAGGUCUCCCGAUACUGCCCCCUGGAGGGCAAGGCCAAUGUGAACGUGCAGUGGGAGGAUGACUCCAGCGAGAGCGUGCCGGCGGCGCCCGUGCGGAUCGCCUUCGUGCUGGUGGUGCACGGGCGGGCGUCCCGCCAGCUCCAGCGCCUCUUCAAGGCCAUCUACCACACCUCCCACUACUACUACAUCCACGUGGACCUGCGCUCCAACUACCUGCACAGACAGGUGGCGGCGCUGGCGAGCCAGUACCCCAACGUGCGGGUGACGCCCUGGCGCAUGUCCACCAUCUGGGGCGGGGCCAGCCUGCUCACCAUGUACCUGCAGAGCAUGAAGGACCUGCUGGCCAUGAGCGACUGGAGCUGGGACUUCUUCAUCAACCUCAGCGCCGCCGACUACCCAAUCAGGACCAACAAUCAACUGGUCGCCUUCCUGUCUAAAUACAGAGACAUGAACUUCAUCAAGUCUCACGGAAGAGACAACGCCCGCUUCAUCCGGAAGCAGGGUCUGGACCGCCUCUUCUUCGAGUGCGACACGCACAUGUGGCGUCUGGGGGACCGGCGCAUCCCCGAGGGCGUCUCGGUGGACGGCGGCUCCGACUGGUUCCUGCUCAACCGCAGGUUCGUGGAGUACGUCAUCACCUCCCAGGACGACCUGGUGACCAGCAUGAAGCGCUUCUACUCCUACACCCUGCUCCCUGCCGAGUCCUUCUUCCACACGGUCCUUGAGAACAGUCCUCACUGCGAGAGCAUGGUGGACAACAACCUGCGCAUCACCAACUGGAACCGCAAGCUGGGCUGCAAGUGCCAGUACAAGCACAUCGUGGACUGGUGCGGCUGCUCGCCCAACGACUUCAAACCGGCCGACUUCCACCGCUUCCAGCAAACUGCCAGACCCACGUUCUUCGCCCGCAAGUUCGAGGCCAGCGUCAACCAGGAGAUCGUCAACCAGCUGGACGGCUUCCUGUUCGGGGGCCUGCCCGCGGGCACGCCGGGGCUCAAGGCCUACUGGGAGAACGCGUACGACGAGCCGGACGGCGUGCACAGCCUGAGCGACGCCCAGCUCACCCACUUCCACGCCUUCGGCCGCAUGGGCCUGGCGCGCGCAGACAGCUCCCUGCAGGGCGACCCCGACGACAGCAGCUGCAGGUACUUUCCCAUGGGCCACCCGGCGUCCGUCCACCUCUACUUCCUGGCUGAUCGUUUCCAAGGGUACCUGGUUCGCCACCACGCCACCAACCUGGCCACCAGCAAGCUGGAAACCCUGGAGACCUGGGUCAUGCCCAAGAAGUCUUUCAAGAUCGCCAACCCGCCCAACAGCUUCACCCGGCUGCAGUUUGCAGAGAUUGGCACAGAGUGGGACGCCAAGGAGAGAAUGUUCCGGAACUUCGGGAGCCUGAUGGGGCCGACGGAGGAGCCGGUGGGAAUGCAGAAGUGGGGCAAGGGGGCCAACGUGACGGUGACGGUGGUCUGGGUGGACCCCACCAACGUCAUCGCCGCCACCUACGACAUCCUGAUCGACGCCAGCGCGGAGUACACGCACUACAGGCCCCCGCUCAACCUGCCGCUGCGGCCCGGCGUCUGGACCGUGCGCGUGCUCCACCACUGGAGCCCCGUGGCCGAGACCCGCUUCCUCGUCACCCCCCUGGCCUACAGCAAGCACCAGCCCAUCCGCCAAGAGGAUGCCCUCAGGUUCCACAACGGCCCGGCCAAGAACAGCUACAUGGAGCAGAGCUUCCACGGGCUGAACCCGGUGCUCAACAUCCCCGUGCACCUGGGCCAGGUGGAGGCGGCCAAGCGCAACGCGGGGCUGACGGGGGCGGAGCUGGAGCAGUGGGUGGACAGCCUGGUGCGCGAGACGUGGUCGGCGGUGGACGUGUGCUCCACGGGGCCCAGCGCCUGCCCCGUCAUGCAGGCCUGCUCGAAAACCAUGUGGAGCUCCCUCAGCCCCGAUCCCAAGUCUCACCUGGGGCCGCCCCGGCCUGACGGGCGCAUCAGGUAGCACCCUCUGCUGGCCUGGAGGCUCCGCGGCGAUCACGGUUGUUUUUUAAAUUAUGAUUUUAAUUUUUCUUUUUUUGCCAUCUCUUAUUGAAAGAUGAAGUGCAUUUUUAUACAUUUUUAAGACAUUAGUCAGAAAACAGAAUGAAAUGACAGCACAAAUCUGCGGGGUGUUCUGCAAAGGGUUUAGAGUAUUCCCUUCUGGUCUGAUAGGUUCUUAGGUCUUAUUUUCUUAAGUAUUUUUACAUUUUUUUGCGGACUAUACUGUGAUUGAUGCUUUGGUUCCUGCAUUUGUAUGAGAGGAUGGCGGCGCUGUAGAAUGUCCACAGCGUGCUGCUGAAUUAAGAGACUUAAAAACUAUCUCAGAAUGCAGCUAGCGUAGAGUGCACAUUAAACACUGGUAGCCAGACCAAAAGGGAACCUCGUCUCGGCAGAGCUUACUGUCACACACUCCAGAGGCGCCCGAACGCUCCUCCAAACAGCCGCACAGAUUUAUUUGAAAAGCUCAAAUCCUGUCCACAACCGGCCGGGCAGUGUUGGUUGCUGGUGGCAGGAUCACAGGCACAGCACUACUAAACAGCUGUCGGGGUUUAGAGAGGAGAUGCGGAGCGUACGCCUGGACUGGCAGUCCGCGGCCCUUAAGCCCAGAUGCAGUAAGACCCCCGGGCAGAGGGGGGGCGCUGUAGGUACGCGUCGACCCUUUGCUCUCACAGACUGCCUGAAACUUGAAGUGCGGGCGUGUCAGCUGUGCUGGCACUCAGAGAAAAACUCCUCAAACUGUUUUCUUUCUUUUUAUCAGUUUCUUUUAUUAUAUGUUACGCUUUUUGUUUUUUUUUUUCGACCAAGCUGGGGAAAAAAAUCUGAAAGAAAUUAGUGUCGGGUUGUAAAAUGAGUAAUGAGUAGCUAUUUAUUUAUAAGUUUAUAUAAAUACAAAUAUUUUUAGUCAAUGACUAAUGACUUCACGCUGCUUUUGCAGCUUGGUGAAUAUUUUUUGUAAACGAGCUGCCUUUAUUUACAAAGGCCAUCGCCCCAAACCAGUACCUGUAGGCAGAGUCCUGUGUCUCAGUGUAGUCCAGUCUCAGUAGAGUUGCUAUAGCGCUAUAUUACAUAUUACAAGCACAUUACAGGUAACUUUGCUGGGGGCUUACAGGUCAGCCGAUCCUUCCAACCUCUCCGGUUUGAAAAGUUUAAAAAAAAACAUUAAAAAUGAAGAUUAAUGUUGUGUCGUGCAAUUCUUUAAUUGGUUGAUGUUGGUCCCAGAACGUGAGUGCGUUCAGUGCUGUGAUAACUUGUACAAAUGAGCAUUUUGGUUCAGGUUGGAUCAGAGGACAAGUGAACUGUUUGGUAGACCCCCAGGGCUGUUGUGAGUCGUGGAGACAAAUGUCAUAUGAUUGUCUCCAGCAGUGAUAAGCUUUCUCUGCCCUGCUGCUUUGGCCACACUCUGACUCUAUGUGUGUGCUUUCUAUGGUGUUUAGUUCUCUGGGCACCUGCAAGCUCUCUGUUUUACUAACAGAAUAAAAUCCAUCAAAAACCAAAAUCAGGAAAAGUCUUCAUUCCUCACUGGCCUGUCAAAUAGAAACACGUUCAUUUUGAACAACACGUGGACAUUAAUCAGUCAAAAUUGAUUUUGAGUGAUCGUUACAGUUGAGCUGAAGUGUCCGUCACGAGCGGAGCUACGAUAGCUAUACAGAGUUCACAGUUAGUUGAUGUUUUAGGCUCAGUCAGUUUGCCCUCCACAGGGCUGAUGUCAGUUCAGAUUAAAGACAGAGUGAGGUCUGGCACAUAAUUUCCUGACUUUCAUGGUGCAUUGUGGGAUGCGAAUGAGGCCCUGCAUUGGCCCUCUCUGUAAGACCCCCUGUGGAAGAGCUUGGAGCUUGUGUCUCUAAGGCCCGGGCCCAGUCGCACGGGGGCGAGAGAUCAGCACUAGUGGUGUAAAGUCGCUAGCGCACGCUAUUCUCCACGGUGGACAGCCUGUCCCGUCUCACAGGCUUCUGCACAAAUACCCGCUCCCCUCACAAUCGGGCGCUGGUGCGGUUUCAGCAGAACGACGGGGGCGGGCGUUCCUGCGCUCUCACAUGUGUCAGAGCCGGGCGGAGCCCGCCAUCAAAGCGGAGCUGGGCGAGGAGCCGCUCAGACACCGGAGUGCGAAAGCUAGCCGGAGAGAGACAGACCCGACGUGAGCGCGGACGCCAUUUUGCGUUCCUGCAGAGAGAUCAGGUGUUCCAGCAGCGCUGUACUGUAAAUAAAGGCCAGUGAUGACUCCGUUUCUGAACUCCUGGAUUUUUUUUUUUUUUUUUUUUUACCCCAGUAACGGGCUGUACACAGGUGCGUUCUCAAAGAGGGCACUGUUAGUACGCACUCAAGACCGUCUUGUGUGUUUUGGGCGUGGCUGUAAUGAAAUGGGGAUCUUCCUGGAACACUUGUACAGUACUGGUACAAAUUAUGGAAACACUGCUUUUAUAAACUGAUCUUGAUGCCGUAUGCAAUAUUCUGCAACAGUUUGGUAUACUAAAUGUUAUGUAAUAAACGUAUUGACAACAUAAAAGAAAAGAAGAAAUUAUUAGCAUUUCUCUUAUACAGGUAAUAAUCAUUACACUUUCCUAUACGUAUUGGUUCAUACCUACAUAAAGAUGGUCAGAGUAUCUUACUGUUGUAAAUUUUAUAAUCAGCUUGAUUUUUUGAACAGCUUGAUUUUUAUAUAUAAAAUGGUGAUCUUCAUGAAAUGGUUAUUUUUUGGCUUGUAUACUUUAUUUCAGAUUACUGAUAAUGACACAUAAUGUCAUUACCACUCUUGGUCAAGAGGGUAAUGGUUUAAAAUGCAUUUUGGAGAAGUAAAUGAAUCUGAGAAACGACAACAGAAGAAAGUUUUCAGAGUACUAAACAACUUCUUUAAGCACACUGUUUCCACAAUUUGUGCCAAUGCUGUGUAUGCCUGUUUGUGAGGGAAAAUGAGGGCUUUGUAAUUAAUAGCUGUAAUAUUGUCUCUGAGGACUUUCAGUUGUGUAUACAACACGGAGCCAUCAGUUUGAAGCUGAUUUCCUUUCUGUGUUUCUCUUCCUGCUGUGGGCAAACGAUGUGUUUAAUGGCAUUGUCAACACAAAAGAUUGACAAAGUAAUCAAACACAAAGGCUGUGAGGGGAGGGGUAAUGCACACAAAAGUGUGCACAGAUGGAGAAAAGUUAUCACUGCUGUCGUACGCUGGCUUAGCUCUUCAGGACAAUGGGAAAUACUUAAGUGGCAUUUACAUUUCUCAGCCAGUAACUUGAAAGAGAUGCAAAUCGACAGUUUUCCUUUAGCGAAAGUGCCCAGGGCGUGUGGCGCGGCGCUGAUGGAAGCAGAUGCAAACAGAAGAUGUGUGUGGCCAGUCGUGUCCCUGGCCCCAUCAGCGCCCCUGCAAACGAAUAGUUCGUACUUCAUCCAUUGUUUCAAAAAACGAUUAUUUAAAAAAACUAUUCUACAAGUUAAUCUAUGUGAAAUACCUAUUUUGUUAUAAAUAAUAUACAUGAAGAAAAUGUACAUAAGUAUUUUGUAAUGGGAAGAUGUUUAAAAAAAAGUAUUGUAAAUACUAUUCUGUUCAAAGGUUAAAAUAAAACAAAUGAAGUUAUAGAAAUGGGUACAAGUAAGUAUCUUGCUGCCUGGCACAUGAAGAGACACUUAAGAAAUGGUGUAUGUUUUGCCAAUUUAUCGAAUCCAUGUGGAAGCUGAACUAGUCUGGAUGCUCUUCAUCAGUGUCCACCUUUCGGAGAAUCUCCUGUCAGAUUGCUGUUCUCUGCUGGAAUGUUUUGUUGAGCAACUGUUGCACAAACUUCUCUGAAAUCCCCAUUCCCUCUAUUACAGGGGAGCUCUGUGCCUUAGCUGUUGUCCUGUCUAGGGAACUCUUACUUUGUGUCUAUGAACAAAAAUGAUAUAUUUUUUUUCAGUUCUGCAACAAUGGAAAAGUACCAUGCUGUAUGGGAAGAAAUGGUAAUAAACCAAAAAGAUGUCCGCUGAUGUAAAUAUGAGGCCUUCUUUUUUUGUUUUUGUUUGUUUCUUUUUGUUUGUUUGUUUUUUCUUUUUUCUUUUUUGGAAUUUUAAAAUAAAAAAAUAUUGAAAUCUUCAA